CCUGCUGAGGUUGUUUUCCCAUGUUAGCCAAUUAGCAACCUAGCAUGCAAUUUGAGGUCUGGCGCCUUGACUGAAUGGUUACGUGUGUUUUAAUUUGUUCAUUUAACCUUAACGUUACAUGAUUCAGUUUUUUAGCGUUGUAACUGAGCUUCAUUGCUUUUGAUUUUUCGGCGGAGCAGACUGAAGUGAUCCGGAGAGUUUGUUGCGGGAUCCACCGCAGUGAAGAGCAUGAGUACAUAAUGAAGCGGCGCUUGGAGGAUCAGGAAACAGUGAUCGGCUCUCAGCGGCGGCUCCCUGGGGGUGCGGACAGCUUUCAGCACCGCGUCCUUAACUCUUCCUCCUCCCUGUUCGAGACUGCACCAGAUAACAUGCAGCCAUCAUCCAGCAUGCAGUACUCGGUUUCUCAGACCUUCCAGUUGUCGAUGGCCCAAGGCUCUGUGGGACAUGGACACACCAGCAAUUCAGCUGUGCACAGUGGGCCUCAUCACCAUGGACCAGCUGUCCAGUCUGUGGCACAGGGUCACUCUCAUGCUACUCCGGCUUCGGCCCCAACACUGGGCCAACAGCAGUUCCAGAGACUCAAGGUUGAAGAUGCACUUUCGUAUUUGGAUCAAGUUAAGCUUCAGUUUGGCAAUCAGCCGCAGGUCUACAAUGACUUUCUGGAUAUCAUGAAGGAGUUCAAGUCUCAAAGCAUUGAUACACCAGGUGUGAUUAGCCGAGUCUCUCAGCUUUUCAAAGGUCAUCCUGAUCUCAUCAUGGGCUUCAACACCUUCCUGCCACCCGGUUACAAAAUUGAGGUUCAGACCAAUGACCUGGUCAACGUGACCACACCCGGCCAGAUCCACCACAUUACCCCACACGGUAUCUCUGUCCAGAACCUCCCCAUAACCCAUUCAGCGCAGCAACAGCCCCAACCAGCAGCCCCCACCAGCACCGCUGCAUUGGUCAUCCCCAGCCAGCCAACCGCUGCCAAGAUCAGCAAGCCAAUGCAGUCUCCUGCACUGACCCCAACCAGCCAGCCCAAUCCGUCCAUUCCCUCAUACGCCUCUCCUCGCUCGCCCUCGGCCCAGUCUCACACCCCCAUCAGCAGCAGUACUGCCGGUACCACCCCGCUGCAGAACAACCAGCCUGUGGAGUUCAACCACGCCAUCAACUAUGUGAACAAAAUCAAGAACCGCUUUCAGGGCCAGCCAGAGGUCUACAAAUCCUUCUUGGAGAUCCUGCACACAUACCAGAAGGAACAGCGUAAUGCUAAGGAGGCAGGGGGAAACUACACACCUGCUCUGACCGAACAGGAGGUGUAUGCCCAGGUGGCCCAGCUCUUCAAAAACCAGGAGGACCUUCUUUCUGAAUUUGGCCAGUUCCUUCCAGAUGCUAACAAUUCAGUGUUAUUGAGCAAGACCGUAGCCGAGAAGGCAGAGUCUGUACGAAUUGAUCAUGGAGGCACAGUGAAGAGACCUCAGCUGAAUAACAAGCAGAGGUUCAACCAGAAUGGCUGUCAGAUCCGCAGACACGCGGGACCCCCCACUACACCCUCUGUUAAGAAGAAGCCAAAGUUUAUGGGAAAAGACCAUCCAAUGGCUGAAGCCAGCAAACUUGGAAUUGGUGCAGAGUCUCUCUUUUUUGAAAAGGUGAGGAAGGCACUGCGGAGUUCAGAGGCGUAUGACAAUUUUCUGCGCUGUCUGGUCAUCUUCAAUCAAGAAGUGAUCUCACGUGCUGAGCUUGUGCAGCUGGUCUUACCCUUUUUAGGGAAAUUCCCUGAGCUUUUUACCUGGUUCAAGAACUUUCUUGGCUACAGAGAAUGUGUCCAGAUUGAAAGCUUUCCCAAAGAAAGGGCCACUGAGGGCAUUGCUAUGGAGAUUGACUAUGCGUCCUGCAAGAGACUGGGCUCCAGUUACCGGGCCCUGCCCAAAAGCUUCCAACAGCCCAGGUGCACGGGCAGGACCCCGCUCUGCAAAGAGGUACUUAAUGAUACUUGGGUGUCAUUUCCAUCGUGGUCUGAGGAUUCUACCUUUGUCAGCUCCAAAAAGACUCAGUAUGAAGAACAUAUAUAUAGAUGUGAAGAUGAACGCUUUGAGCUCGAUGUGGUUUUGGAGACAAACCUCGCCACUAUCCGCGUCCUGGAGGCUGUUCAAAAGAGGCUCUCGCGUAUGUCCGCUGAAGAACAAGCCAAGUUCAGGCUGGACAACACCAUCGGGGGCUCCUCCGAGGUCGUUCAUCGUAAAGCUAUCCAGAGGAUAUACGGCGACAAAGCCCCAGACAUCAUAGAUGGGCUGAAGACGAAUCCUGUGGUCUCUGUACCUAUUGUACUCAAAAGGCUGAAAAUUAAAGAAGAGGAGUGGCGGGAGGCUCAACGUGGCUUCAAUAAAAUCUGGAGGGAGCAGAACGAGAAGUAUUACCUCAAGUCUUUAGAUCACCAGGGUAUUAACUUCAAACAGAACGACACAAAGGUGUUUCGCUCCAAGACGCUGCUCAAUGAAAUCGAGACUCUGUAUGAUGAGCGACAGGAGCAGGCUUCAGAAGACAAUGCCGCCCCGCUCUCAGGCCCCCACAUGACCCUCACGUACGAGGACAGCCAAAUACUAGAGGAUGCGGCCGCUCUCAUCAUCCAUCACGUCAAGAGGCAGUCUGGCAUCCACAAAGACGAGAAGUACAAAAUCAAACAGAUCAUCUACCACUUCAUCCCCGACAUGGUGUUUGCCAGACGUGGCGAGCUUUCCGACGUGGAGGAGGAAGAAGAGGAAGAGACCGAACCGGAUGAAGAUGGGACUAAAAAGCACAACGGGACGACGUCAACGAAGUCUAAGCUCCUCUUCAGCCAUACAGCUGCUUCCCAGCAGAAGCUCAGCAACUGCGAUGAUGCCUACAACCUCUUCUAUGUCAACAAUAACUGGUACAUCUUCCUGAGGCUGCACCAGGUCCUGUGCUCCCGACUGUUGCGGAUCUACGGACAGGCAGAAAAACAGAUAGAGGAAGAUGGCAGAGAGAGAGAGUGGGAAAGAAACGUCCUCGGUCUGAAAAGAGUGAAGAAUGACAACCCGGCCAUCCAACUGAGAUUAAAAGAACCAAUGGACAUUGAUGUUGAAGACUACUACUCUGCAUUUUUAGAGAUGGUGCGAAACCUUCUGGACGGCAACAUGGAGACGUCUCAAUACGAGGACCAGCUGAGGGAAAUGUUUACCAUUCAUGCAUACAUUGCCUUCACCAUGGACAAACUCAUUCAGAGUAUAGUCAGACAGCUGCAGCAUAUUGUCAGUGAUGAGAUCUGUGUACAGGUGACUGAUCUUUAUCUUAGCGAGUGUGCCAACAAUGCCACCAGUGGCUCCCAGUCCACCCAGGCAUCCAGAGCCGGUGCCGAGACGGCCUACCAGCGCAAAGCCGAGCAGCUGAUGUCUGAUGAGAACUGCUUUAAGUUACUGUUCCAGAAGUCUAAGGGGACUGUGCAGCUGGCUGUGGAGCUGUUGGAAACAGAGGAAGAGAACUCUGAUGAAACUGUUGAAGCUGAGCGCUGGCCUGACUACGUGGAGCGAUAUCUGAAUGCCAACUCUGCCUCUCCAGAACUGCGUGAGCACCUCUCUCAGAUGCCUGUGUUUCUGCCCAGGAACCUCAGGCGAAUCCGAAAGUGCCAGAGGGGCCAGGAGGUCCAGAUGAGAGACGCCAAAGAAACCGCCAAGAAAUCCUCCGAGGCGGGUGAGGACUCAAAGAUGAAGUGCAUGUUUAAGCUCAACUCUUACAAGAUGGUUUACGUCUUCAAGUCGGAGGACUACAUGUACCGGCGUAGCGCACAACUGAGAGCGCAUCAGUCUCACCAGCGAGUAAGCACUCGUCUGCACCAGCGCUUUCAGCUGUGGCUGGACAGGUGGCGGAAAGAUCACGUGACCAGUGACAUGGCUGCCGCCACUAACAAGUGGCUGAUGGGAGAGGGCCACGACGGCAUGCUGCCCUGCAGAACCACCUGUGAGCCCAAGAUCGUUCACUACCAGAACAUCAACAAAUAUAAAGUCUCCUACAGCACUACGUUGUAAAGUUUUCUAGACGGGGAUGAUUUUCCCCCCAUUUUACGUUGUUUUUACGAUGACUGAAGUAACACUGAUAUUAAAAUCUCCCGACCAUUAAGUUCUUUGGAGAUCGCUCACUUUCUUUUUUUAAUUCUACCUUUUUUAAUUUUUUAGAUUGGUGUCUCUUUUUGUUCCCCUGGACUUUAUAACCAGUUGGUUAGUUUCCUUCGAUGAUGAAGGCAAGAACAUCCUCAAGGAAUCUUGCAAAUGCUGCAGCUGACUUUCGUUUUGAUUCUCAAGACAAAGAUUUCCUUUUGUCUGACGUGAGGCUUUUAAUGAACAGGAUGGUUUACAAAUACAGGUCAAGUCUAUGCCCAUUUGUAAAUGUUUAGAUUUUUUCAUCUCUUCAAGGUGAAGUAGUUUAUUAGCAAUAUGUCUCUUGUGGUUCAUUUUAACCACACGUAUGCUCAAAAAUGAGAACGAAUGUCAGCCGAUGACAGAAUAUUUCUGAUCAGUUUAAUAAAACCAGGAAUUAUGAUGUGAAUUUCCAUAGUGUUCACAGUCUUCACAUUGUAAUUAAGGUCUAUUACAAAAAUCUCUUCACAGGUUAAGUACAGCACCAUUAAUGAAGGUAUUCCUGUUCCUUAAUACACAUCUAAGAUACCAGCCACAAAGUGUCAAUCAGGAACAUCAGAAUAAGUCACAAAACCUCUUGUAAUGUAAAUACAAUGUAUAUAUGCCAGACUGUUUAUAUUCGGAGAACCUUCACUGUUACGUAGUUCAGCUAUUAGACUUCCAUAUCAGCUAUCAGCAAAAGAGUCUAAUUCUGAUAUCUUUAAGAAAACACUUUUCAUACCGAUAGGAGUUCUUGUUUAAAGUCUCGCUCUCUAUUCAAAUUUGUGAUAUCACUGCCUGUGUUCUGAGUAGAAUUUAGAAGACCUUUUAUCAUGAGAAGUCUGGAUAUGUGCCUUGGGGUGCAUCUGUGUGCGCUCUUAAGGCUGGUGUUUAUGCUGACAAAUAUGUAAAACAAACAUAUUUAAAGAAGGAAAUGAUGGCAUGUUUCUAUGUUCUCAUGUACAGCCCUUUUAUAUUAUUCAUUAUUGUUUUAAAGAUUGAAAUAAAACAGAAUUGUAGU